CCCCAUCUCUACUGCGAAUCGCAUAUUAUUAUUAUUGACAAAAAUAAACCAAUUUACUCAAAAUGCUCGUGUGCACAUAUGAGAAUUGUAAAUUUCAAACAUCUAGAUCUUCAAAUUUCAAGCGCCAUCAAGCUUCCCACCAAAGGACCUACGAGGGAAGAUAUGCAUGCAGCCUGUGCAACUAUAGAUGUAAUUUUUUACAUAACAUAAAACGCCAUUUGAAGUUGAAACAUGCUGGCCAAGGCUUGGUAAUCUUAGUGGAGCGGACGCCACUGUCCGCGGAGACAACAGAGUGCCAAUGCUUGGAGAGCACUCACGAGAACGAUUUUGAUAUAGUGAUCGAGGAGGAUCCAAUAAUAGUAUAUGAAGAGGAGCAGGAGCAGGAGCAAGACCUCGUAGUAACAUACGCGAAGGAGGAGCCCGUAACAGAGUAUGAAGAGGAUUCAAUAAUAGUAUAUGAGGUAAUAUCCCCACCAGGUCAGGAGGAGUCAAUAGAGGAAGAGGAGUAUAUAACCGAGUAAAAGUUCUAAAAAUCUAAACUGGCAAGUCCAAAGGCUUGCAAUGGCUAUAAUAUUCUAAAAGACUGGUAGAUAACAUUGACGACGGCACCAAAGCAAAGUGUGUCUGUCUUUAUAGGCUAGUGUAAAGGAGCAGACGGUACGAGAUUAAACGUGACAAAGGCUUUAAUAUGGAAAGAACAAAAUGAUUGCAAAAUUUUGAUCUUUUCACAGCAGGAUUUUAUUUCCCAUCAUAAGGAUUACCAGUUAUUCAAACGCAUAAGAGUCCCUGGUAUAAAUAGGAUCAAAUCUUGAUCAAAUUAAUUUCUAGGAUAAAAUCAAAUAAUAAGCUCUAUUUUGAAUGCAUUUAGUUUUUAGUUUAAAAGUAAAUAAAAUCAGGAUAUGCAACAAAGCUAGAUUAUCUUAGAAAUUGCAUAUUAGUUGCACAAUUUUUUACGUUGCUAAAUAACAAUUGUUAACAGUAAUUAAUUAUGAUUAAGUUGAAAUUUUCAAACAACAUAUUUUUAUAUUGUCGAAACCAAAUAUUGGCGUAAAUACAUUAAUGGAAAAAAAGCCUUAUAUGGAUUAUAAAUAUUUCUUGUAAUUCAUGAAAUGUCCGUUCUUAUGAAUUAGAACCAAUUUCACCAAUAGUGGAUGUAGUUGGCUUUAUAAUAUUAAGUUUUUCGACAAUAUGAGCGAUGCUGAUACUGAAACAAACAUAACAAAACGUUGAACUUUUUACAAUAAUAAAUAUCAUUAUUCUUAUAUAUUGUGUAAAUUAAAA